GUCUUUGGACUUGCUCCUCAACCCAAAUACAAAGAGAGUCUAAAGUGCUUUUGGCAGUCUCUGCGUCUGGGCAGCAGUGGAGCAUAAAGAGGAGCGCGUCGCUAAGGGGAUUUAUUACCUAGCACACUCUGGAGCGCCCACUCAAAUAUCUGCACGUAUCCAAAGACGUCCUUGGAAGGAUCAGGGCUGAGAACCAGGAGGACUGACAGACCAGAUCUGAAUCUACAGAGCUUGAGACCCAUCCAGGAUGUGGAAGAAGUCGAAAGUCACCGAUCAGACUGCCUCCGGGCAGGGGGUAGGAGGUGCAGAGGGGGGGCUGACCGAAGAGAAAGGCAUCAAGAAGCGAUCCAAAGUUCCCGGGGUGAUGAUCACCCAGUAUGUGGAGGAGAUCCCAGAGGGGAAGAGCCACCCUGACUUCACCCGCAAGCCCAUCGCUCUCACCAUCCAGGAAGGUAAAUUAGCUAUCUUCAAAGCUAUCGUGAUCGGGGACCCUGAACCUGUGGUGACAUGGAGCAGAGCUAAAGGAGAAAUUACCGACAAGGAGAAGUUCCAGAACAAAUAUGACGAUGUGUCCCAUGAACACACGCUGGAGAUCCCUGAUGUCACUUCAGACGAAGCAGAUACUUAUAAAUGCUUUGCUACGAAUGAAUAUGGAAAAGCUGUUUGUACCGUCGUCUUGAAUAUUAUUGAAGUUGGAUUCAAAAAAACGAAGGAAAUGAAAAAGUUAGAAGAAGGUUCUGUGGAGUCUGUACAGUUCAGGAAAAAUUUGAAGAAACGGGAUGGAACUCGUGAGGAGAAACCGAUGGAGACAGACGAGAAGGUCUGGGAGAUUCUGCUCAGCGCAGACAAGAAGGACUACGAGAGCAUCUGCAUUGAGUACGGCAUCACUGACUUCCGUGGCAUGUUGAAGAGACUGAAGCAGAUGAAAAAAGAAAGAGAGGAGGAGAUAGCGCAGUUUGUUGAAAAGAUCGGUAAGCUGAAGCCCAUUACAGUCUCAGCUGAAGAUUCUGCAUCCUUUGAGCUCGACAUGGACCUGAAGGAUCCAAGCAGCAGGAUCUUUCUUUACAAGGACGGUGUCAUGGUUCCUUACACCAAAGAACUGGAUCUGGAGCAGAAACACAACUUGAAACAAGUUGGCAAGAAAUACAUCUUUACAAUCAAGAAUCUGGACCCAGCGGAUGCAGGUCUUUACCAGGUGGACGUGGAGGGAGUCCCUGUCUUCUCUACUGACUUCAAAAUUCCCCCUGUUGAGUUUGCUGUCAAAAUACAGGAAGUGAAGGCAGAGGAGAGGCAGGACGCUCUCUUCCAGUGCGUUUUGACCGUACCGUUGAACGAGAUUACGUGGAUGGGGAAAAACUGCCCUCUGCAGAACGAUGAGAAGUUUGAAAUCACUGUUUCUGAGGACAAGCUGAUUCACAAACUGCUGGUGAAGGAUUGCUUGCCUUUGGACGCUGGUAUCUAUGCAGCUGUGGCAGGCAUUAAGUCGUGCAAUGCCUGGCUUAUUGUUGAAGCCGACAAAAACCCUGAAACGAAAGGCAAAAAAAAGGAACGCAAAACGACGAUGGCGGGAGCGAGUGACCUGGAUCUGGAGAAGAUCGCCAGGGAGCAGCAGGAAAAGUACAAGAAGGACAUGGAGGCAGCCAUGCUGGCGGCUAAGAAGGCCCAGGCCGACAGGGAGGCAGCUGAGGCAGCCGCCGACACGGAGGCAGAGGCAGCCAGAGCUGCCGCUAAAGCUGCCGCUAAAGCUGCAGCCGGGGCUGGGGCCGGGGCUGGGGCCGGGGCUGGGGCCGGGGCUGGGGCCGGGGCUGGGGCCGGGGCUGGGGCUGGGGCUGGGGCUGGUGACGCCUCCGCUGACGCGGCACCAAAAAAGAAGAAAACGACCAAGAAGGUGGUGAAGAAGAUGGUUGCUCAAGCCGCAGAUGGAGGUGCAGGUGCAGGUGGAGCAGAUGAGGGCGGAGCUGCAGGGCAAGCUGGAGCUGAUGGGAUGGUGGAAGUAGAGGUGGAGGUGGAGGAAACCGACGAGGAAGACGAAGCGGUCGUGGUGAAAAAGAAGCGCGUGAGGGACGGUCCUCUCAUCCCGGACACCGUCGUAGGAGAAUCUAAUUAUGAUGACGAAACAUCCGAGGGUGUAAAUGAGAAAAAGGGGAAAUCUUCACGUCGUAAAAAGGAGGGUCCACUGCUAAAGGAAGAGACAGUUGCAGGCAGCGUUAUGUCAGCAGAGCCCGCAGCUGAGGCAGCGGGAGCUGGCAAGCGUUCAGGCCGAACAAGGCAAGGCCCUUUGCUCCCGGACAAGCUUGUUGACCCUGGAGUCCACUUCCACAGUGGGCUGGCGGACUGCAGCGCCAACGUGGGCGAGGCAGCAGAGCUGGUGUGCAAGCUGAGCAGUGAGGACUGCGAGGGGGUCUGGUACAAGGACGGGGAGGAGAUCAAAUCGUCGGAUGGCAUUACCAUUUCCAAAGAUGGAACCUACCAUAAGAUGAAAAUUCAUAAAGUGACAGAGGAAUAUGCAGGGACAUACCGUUUUGAGGCAGACGGAAGGAAGACUGAAUCAACGAUUGUUGUUGAAGACCCACCUAGAUUUGACUCGGAGGGACUGAAGGAAUUUGUAGUUCCAAUCACUGUGAAAAAGGGUCACAAAGCUACCUUUAAGAUGCCUUAUGGUGGCCGCAACCCAAUAAAGAUCCAGUGGUACCUGGAAGGCGAGGAGCUUUCGGAUGACUCGAACAUUAAGAUCGAGCACACCGAAGGCCAGAGCCGUCUGCUCCUCAACAAGCUGCAGCGCAAAGACAGCGGAGAAGUCAAGAUCAAAAUCAAGAAUGAAUUUGGCACCACAGAAGUUGUGACCCAGCUCAUUGUACUUGACAAACCCACGCCUCCCAUGGGUCCUCUGGAGAUCAUCGAGGCGUCUCAGAACUGCAUCGACAUCAAGUGGAGAGGACCGAAGGACUCUGGUGGCUGUAAGAUUGACAACUACAUCAUGGAGCGCCAACAAGUCGGACGCAACACCUGGAAGAAGCUGGGGCCGAUAGGCGCAGAGGCCCACUACAAGGACAGUGACGUGGACCACGGCCGGAGGUACUGCUAUCGUAUCCGAGUUGAAACCGAGAUUGGCACCAGCGAGUUAAUGGAGACAGAGGACGUUCAGGCGGGUACGAAAGCCUACCCCGGACCCCCUUCUGUUCCCAAAGUGGUCAGCGCCUUCAAGGACUGCAUCAACCUGGCCUGGUCUCCUCCCUCCAACACUGGAGGCACCAACAUCCUGGGGUACAACAUGGAGAAACGCAAGAAGGGCAGCAAUCUGUGGGGCCCUGUUAACCUACCAGACGAGCCUAUCAAAGGGAAGACCUUUGGUGUGAAAGACGUGAUUGAGGGCAUGGAGUACGAGUUCCGUGUGUCAGCCAUCAACAACUCAGGAGCGGGUGAAUUCAGCACCCCAUCAGAGUUUGUUUUCGCCAGGGACCCCAAAAAGCCCCCCGGUAAAGUGAUCGACCUGAAGGUGACAGACUCCACCUACACCACCUUGUCUCUCUCCUGGACGAAGCCCAAGGACAUCGAAAAGGUGGAGGACGAGGCCAAGGGCUACUUUGUGGAGAUCAGACCAGCAGAGAACCCUGAAUGGGAUCGCUGUAACUCCAAUGCCAUCACCAUGACGUCCUUCACGGUGAAGGGCCUGAAGUCCAUGGCCAUGUACUGGGUGAGGGUGAUCGCCACCAACGAUGGAGGGCAGGGACAACCCCAGGAACUGGACAACUACAUCCUGGCGAUGCCUCCUCCUGUCAGGCCAAGGUUUACUGACGCCAAAAUCAAGAGCUUCAUGGUGGUGAGAGCUGGGAAUUCAGCUCGUCUCAACAUCAACUUUGAGGCUUCUCCUUGGCCUGAGGUCACCUGGCUGAAGGACAGUGGUCCAGUCUCCAAGCGGGUGACUAUCAGCAACGCUGAGGGUGCUUCUCAGCUGCUGAUCCCCUCCGCUGAGCGCUGCGACACAGGAAUCUACACCAUCAUAGUCAAGAACAUCGUCGGCCAAGAGACCUUCAGCAUUGAGAUCAGAGUCACAGAUGAGCCCAAGCCUCCAGGCCCGGUGGAGGUUGAGGAGAACGUCCCUGGAACCGUGACCGUGUCCUGGACUCCCUCCCCAGACGAGAAGAGAGACGACAGACUGCACUACAUGGUGUCCAAGAGAGACUCCAACAAGAGGCAGUGGAACACGGUGGCAGACCGCAUCUUCAACAACAAGUUCACUGCCUGCAACAUCAUGCCUGGCAGAGACUACCAGUUCCGUGUUUACGCCAAGAACGACAUGGGCUCCUCCAAACCCUCAGAGUCACCUAAGUGGUCAAUCACGGGCAAAAAAGAAAAGUUUUUGCUGAACAUGCCAGAGUCCAAGACUUGCAAUCUGGAGCGACCUCCAAAGUUUCUUGUCCCGCUUAAAAAGCACACGGCUCCUGAAGGUUACGAGUGCUACAUGAGCUGUGCAGUGAGAGGGGACCCCACACCCCACGUCACAUGGUACAGGAACAACAUCAGCCUCAACACCAACACCAACUACUACAUCUCCAACACCUGUGGGGUUUGUUCCAUGCUCAUCCUGAGGGUCGGACCCAAGGACACCGGAGAGUACAAGAUCAUUGCUGAGAACCCUCUGGGAAGGGCAGAGUGCGCCACUAAACUCACAGUCAGAGACUAAAUCAACAACAGGGAUGGGCGCAGCCUCUUAGGGUUCUAUUAGCAUCAGCAGCUUUGAAGAAUUCCUUUUUUCCUGUCUUGUUUGUUUUGGCUGAUAGCAGGGAUCGCAUUUUAAGUGCUGUAUCAACAUAGGAAAGCUGCAAUGUUGGCAUUUUGAAUUAUGCAUGUUCACUGCUUCUUGUUUUUAGUGGCCCUUAAGAAAUUUGAAAAACAAUUACAUUUAAACUGAGCUGGGUGGUCAGAUGGGGAUAAAUGCUCACAGGAUAAAUUGGCAGAUGUGUGGUAGUGAUUCACUAACUGCAAAGAUACUAUAUCAUUAAAUGGUAAGAUUGACAAAUGAUAGAAUGGGUUUUGUAUGGAGUUUAUUCUUCUUUUAAGAAUUUAGUUUUGUUGUAUAGGGUUUUAUUAUUGGUUGUUUUGAUUUAUUUAGCUUUUGUUAUUCUUAAAUUUCGAAUUUACAAUGUUGCAACAUCAGCUAUGACCUAAAACAAAAAAAAUUGAAGAAAAAAAACAAUGUGAAUUCGCUGUAAUGUAGAUAUUUAUAUGAUGGUGACUACUGUGAGGGAGCUUGUUGUAAAUAAAUAUCUCAAGCUCAUAUUUGAAUACCCAAGCCAGUUCAUAAACAUACAUUAAGCACAAAUGAACAAUCUUGAGUUGAACUACACACAACAUUUGGAGUGAAAUGGUGGUAUAAUAUGACCUAAACAAUUGCUUUGAUGUAUAUUUAAUAGGUAAUAUGUACUGUAAUUACAUUUCAUCAAGGUCAUUUACGUUCAAAAUUUGACUCCUCGUACAACUUGUGAACUAUUUUGUGACAUAAACCUUUAUGUGAGCUGUAUUCAAAUGA